UGCAUACUUGUUUGAAACUGGGCUUAGCCUGGAUAGAAAACACGUAUAGACCCCCCUAUACAUGUAGGCAACUCCACGUACCUGGGGAUUUGCUUUGUACAAUCAGGUCUAUACUUCCUAAGGAAUACAUCUGCAAAAGCAAAGACAGACGGGUGUAUCAAUAUUUUUGCACCGCGACGACUUUGGAGCCCAUACUUAAACCUUCACAACAAAAAUUUAUCCAGACAAGCCGAACUCAGUCGCUCGUAAAUACCGAAACUCCUCUAAUAUUAAAAGUUUCAUCUUAAAAACUGCUCUACUACCUACCGUACGACUCUAUACGACGGGUACCAUCUCAAUACUAUUGCGACCAUACACUAUGGCCUCUGAAGCAGACGUCCUUUCCGCUCUCGCCGCCUACCGCGAGCAUAUUGGCCGGGCCAAUCACCGCGCCAUGUCCGUACUUAUUCCACGGGCUGAGUCUGUCAGCGCAGACGAUCCGGACCUCUUCGAAUCUCCCGAGAAGGAAGAAGAGACCCGUCUGGAUUAUGUACUUCGCUUGGUCGGAGCACCUGAAGAAAAUGCUCAGCCGCCUAUUGAGCGCCCUUCUGAUGCCCUCAAGUACUGGGACGUUCUCGCGCCUCAGCUAGCCCUCGACGGUGCCUCCAGACAUUCCGAUCCGGAAUGGCGGGCAGCGAAGCGCGAGGUCUAUACGUCGGCUAUCCUCCAGGGCCUUUCGCGUUUCGAAUGUCCACCGGAGCAGGGCCCCGGCUGGCGCAUGCUCCGUGACACUACCGAGCAAUUGAUCUUUUGGAAGGGUCAGGGGGUCGAUAGAAACCUCGCAAGCGCGGAUUCUCUAGCAGAGAGAACCCAAAACAGGCGCAGGUCGGGACGGUACAUCCUCGAGCAAACAUAUGGACAUAAGCAAAAGUAUGAUGUUGCCGCCGGCUUCAUGUGUGGUAGCGGAAACGAGUCAACUUCUUACAUAGUGUAUAGCCGACCUAAGGGGGAUGCGAAUCAAGCUUGGUCAUGGCGCUAUGUAGCUUUUUUAGGUCAAUUUGGGAUAGGGGUUUUUAACGAUGUUAUUGCCCUCCUAGACUGGUACCAGAAAUAUGGCGAGCCGGAUGAGCGGGACUUCACAGCUGAUGCAGAGGUAUUCGCACCCUAA